UGUGCAGUGUCAUCAUGAUGACGCCUGUACGUCUGUAGAGCAACAAGAUGCAAAGUAUCCGUCCCAAGAGUUAUGUAACUGGUGAUUCUAUCUUCUCAGACCAUAAAGACAAGCCGCCAAGAAAGCGACUUGGAAUGGCGACACUGGCCCGGGCCAGCACGGGCUUUGACAAACUGUACGGGGCGACUGGCAGCAGACAUUGGGGCCUUUGGAUUGGCAUCGAUGACAAAACCAACCAGGUCUUGAAUUGCAACCGUUAUCAUUCGCCGGGACAGCCAUUGGGGCUCAACAGCGCUGACACUAGCACCGAUCACGCAAUCGACCCCCAUCGCAGAGAAAAUUAAUUGCGCCAGCGGGGCGGCCAUUGAUGAUGGAGCUUGGAGACUUGCCAUCCGGGACUAGAAGAAUUUAACCCCAAGAGGCGGGCCCUUUCACCUUUAUAAGUUCCUGAGAGAAAGAAACAUGUCAUUUCUCCUCCGACCCUUCAGUACCGCCAGGGACGACGAAGCUGCAGACAUGGCAGACAACACUGUUAUUCAGGUCCACAGCCCUGAGGAAGCUGUUGCGAGGAUCGCCUACCUCGCCAGCGAUGUAAUUGUAUCUGUGCAGCCCUCACUCGCAACCGACUCGGGCUUCUCAGAGCACCUGAAGAGAUAUUCGGCUCGGAAAGAUAAGAGUCUCGUGGCGAAGAGCCCCGAUACAGUUCCCGAGAUCCAGUCCGUCAGGCACAAUGCCGACCCUCUACUCUCCGUCUUCACACCCAUCCGCUCUGGCCGGCUAGUGUCCGUCACCACCAGCUCCGCCAUCCUCCUACCCUCCAUUGCCCACCUCUACAAGCUCGCCAACUACCCUGUCGUCAUCCAUGUCGCACUCCACCCGGCCAGCUACGCCGAUUACUCGGCCAUCACCUCCAUCCGGAACUCGGGCUGGACCUUCCUGCAAUCCGAGUCUGUCCAGGAGGCCCAGGACAUCGCAUUGACUGCCCAUGCUCUCGCCAUCCGCUCGGGCAAGGGCGUAAUCCACUUCUUCAACCCAGGAUCCAGCGCCCAGGCCGGUCCAAUUGGGCCCGAGGAUUCCGACGUCGUUCGGGAGGUGUUGAAUCUGGACAAUGCUCGGCAAUUCCAGUCUUCCUCGAUCUCCAGCUCCGGGAUCUACGCCGACGAUGGCCGUGUUGCGAUAGUUACCGAGCAGACGGAACCCUUAACGACAGGCACCCCGGCAACUCAGGCCAGCAGCUCGCGAGGCGGCGAGGACGACACUUCGGAAUCUAAGACGGAGUCCACUCGUCCCUCCACAAGGACUAGUCGGCAGCACAGUAUCUCUAGCAUCCCACCGAGCGUAUCCUCAGCAACAACUGUCGACCAAGCCCCACCGGCCGUCAGCUCGGAAGACAUCUACAAGUAUGCUGUCUCCAUUUGGACGCAGCUUGAGAGCCUCGUCGGCAGGCGGUACAGCCCCUUCGAGUGGACGGGAUCGUCGAAAGCCGAGAACGCGCUCUUCGUCUUCGGUUCGGAUACCGCUCUCUUCUCCCAGGCCAUUGACCACGCCCAGGCCGACGACGUCUUUGCCAAUGCCGGAAUCAUCACCGCCCGCCUCUACAGACCAUGGCUGGGCGCAAAGCUUCUGGCGGUUAUCCCGCGCUCCGUUAAGCGGAUAGCUGUUCUCGAGCAGGUUUCCAGGAAGACCACCAAGUGGGGUCCGUUGCUCAUUGAUGUCUUGACUUCGGUGAAGAGCAGCCCCGGAGGCGUGCAGACCAUCGUAGGCCAUCAAGUCGGCUAUAUUUCGCAGAGGACUAUCGAGCAGGCGCUUCGUGGCAUCUUCCAGAAUCUCACUUCCGCCCAGCCGAUUCAGAACCUCGAGGUCGGCGAGCGAGAAGGGCCCCAGAAGGAGGCUGAGCCCGCCCUCGAGAAGCCCAAGCUAGAGAAUGCCUACACUAAGAUCCUCGACCAACUCUUCGGUAACCGGGUCUACGUUGCCAACUCGUUGGACUCGGACAACGCUGGCGUCUCAGACACCAUCUCCGCUAGUCCCGAGUUUGGCUUUGGAUCCCUGCUGGCAAGAAAGGAGCGGAGGCAAACCUUUGUCACAGACCUGAAGAAGGCUGCCACUUCAGACGCGUUCCUGACGCCGGCUCCGAAGCGUGCCAUUGCCCAGUGGCUGGUCAGCGCCGACGCUGGCAACAAGAUCGACGCCGCUGCCGACGACUUGGAAUCCCAGCUGAACAUCGACAACUCCACCGCAGCGCGGAAAAUCCUUGCCUACAAGCAGUUCCUCCGGAAGCAGUCGCUCUGGCUCGUCGGGUCUGAUGCUUGGUCCUACGAUCUCGGCAAUUCUGGUGUUCACCAUGUCCUGGCCUCUGGAGAGAACGUCAACAUGCUCAUUAUCGAUUCCACCCCUUACUCUGAGCGUGCCGCCGCCGACGCGAACCGAAGGAAGAAGGAUAUUGGCUUGUACGCCAUGAACUUCGGCAACGCCUAUGUCGCCUCCACUGCCGUCUACAGCUCCUACACCCAGGUGCUCCAGGCCAUGGAUGAGGCGGACAAGUUCAACGGCCCCUCCAUCGUCCUUGCCUACCUGCCAUAUUUCGGUGAACACGACUCUCCCCUGACCGUCCUCCAGGAGACCAAGAAGGCCGUCGACCUGGGUUACUGGCCCCUGUACCGGUGGAACCCGGACAACGAGAAGAAUGGCGAGCCCAACUUCUCGCUCGAUUCUGAAAGGAUCAAGAAGGAGCUGAAGGAGUUCCUUGCGAGGGACAACCAGCUCACGCAGCUGAUGCGGAAAGAGCCUCUCUUCGCCGCCAGCCUCUCGCAGGACUUUGGCACUGAGAUCCGCGCUCAGCAGAAGAGGAAGGCGAAGGACGCCUACAACCAGCUUCUCGAGGGCCUGUUCGGCGCGUCGCUCACCAUCCUGUUUGCCUCGGACAACGGCAACGGCCAGUCCCUGGCCAAGAGGUUAGGAACCAGGGGCAGGGCAAGAGGGCUCAAGACGGUGGUCAUGGAUAUGGAGGAUUAUCCCGUCGAGGACCUGCCGACCGAAGAGAACAUCGUCUUUUUCACCUCUACUGCCGGCCAGGGUGAGUUCCCGCAGAACGGCCGGGCCUUCUGGGAUGCGGUCAAGGAUAGCACGGAGCUCGACCUGGCGUCUGUCCACUACUCUGUCUUCGCGCUCGGAGACAGCCACUACUGGCCCCGCAAGGAGGACAAGAUCUACUACAACAAGCCUGGCAAGGAUCUGGACCGAGUUCUCGCAAAUUUCGGCGCCACGAGACUGGCGGAUAUCGGCCUCGGCGACGAUCAGGAUCCGGAUGGCUUCCAGACUGGCUACCAGGAGUGGGAGCCGAAGCUCUGGGAGGCCCUUGGCGUGGCAAAUGUCGAGGGGCUUCCGGACGAACCCCCGCCGAUCACAAACGAGGAUAUCAAGAUUGAGUCCAACUACCUGCGUGGCACGAUUGUCGAGGGCUUGAACGACCCGACCACCGGCGCCAUCUCCGCGAGCGACCAGCAGUUGACCAAGUUCCACGGCACCUACAUGCAGGACGAUCGGGAUCUCAGAGAAGAGCGCAAGGCCCAGGGUCUCGAGCCGGCGUACAGCUUCAUGAUCCGCUGCAGGUUGCCAAGUGGUGUUUCCACCCCGAAGCAAUGGAUCCAGAUGGACGACAUCAGCAAUGAGCUCGGAAACGAGACCAUGAAGCUGACCACGCGCCAGACCUUCCAGUUCCACGGAGUCGUCAAGGGCAAGCUCAAGCCCGCCAUGCAGGCCAUCAACAGGGCCCUCAUGACGACCAUUGCCGCCUGCGGAGACGUGAACCGGAACGUCAUGUGCAGCUCGCUGCCCCUGAAGGCCCAGCUUCACAAGGAGGUGCACGCGUGCUCCAAGAGGAUCAGCGACCACCUGCUGCCGGCGACUACGGCGUACCACGAGAUCUGGCUCACGGACGACGACAACAAGAAGACGCAGAUUGCCGGCGACGCCGUUCAGGACUUUGAGCCGCUGUACGGACCGACGUAUCUCCCGCGCAAGUUCAAGAUCACCAUCGCCGUGCCGCCCUACAACGACACGGACGUGUACGCGCACGACAUCGGCCUGAUCGCCAUCGUGGGCGAGGACGGCCACCUGACCGGGUUCAACCUCCUGGCCGGCGGCGGCAUGGGCGCCACGCACAACAACAAGAAGACGUACCCGCAGACGGGCCGGAUGCUGGGCUACGUCAAGGUCGAGGACGUGCACAUUGCGUGCGAGAAGGUGAUGCUGGUGCAGCGCGACCACGGCGACCGCAAGAACCGCAAGCACGCGCGGCUCAAGUACACGAUCGACGACCUCGGGGUGGACGUGUUCCGGUCCAAGGUGGAGGAGAUCUGGGGCCAGGAGUUCCAGCCGGCGCGGGCGUUCCACUUUGAGAGCAACGUCGACUCGUUCGGCUGGCUGCGCGACGAUGCGGGCCUGAACCACUUCACCUUCUUCAUCGAGAACGGCCGCAUCGAAGACACGGCCGAGUUCAAGAUGAAGACGGGCCUGCGCGAGAUCGCAAAGGUGCACAAGGGCGAGUUCCGCCUGACGGGCAACCAGCACCUGAUCCUCAGCAAUGUGGCCGACGCCGACGUUCCUAAGAUGAAGGAGCUGAUGGCCCGGUACAAGCUGGACAACCUGCAGUUCUCGGGCCUGCGGCUCAGCUCGUCGGCGUGCGUGGCCUUCCCGACGUGCGGCCUCGCCAUGGCGGAGAGCGAGCGGUACCUCCCCGUGCUGAUCUCCAAGCUGGAGGCCUGCCUGGAGGAGAACGGGCUGCGGCAGGACAGCAUCGUGAUGCGCAUGACGGGGUGCCCCAACGGGUGCGCGCGGCCGUGGCUCGCUGAGGUGGCAUUCGUCGGCAAGGCCUACGGCGCAUACAACAUGUACCUCGGCGGCGGGUACCACGGCCAGCGGCUCAACAAGCUGUACCGCAGCAGCAUCAAGGAGGACGAGAUCCUCGAAAUCAUGAAGGACCUGCUCAAGCGGUUCGCCGCCGAGAGGAACGAGGGCGAGCACUUUGGCGACUGGACCAUCCGCGCCGGCGUCAUCAACGCGACGAGGGAGGGCAGGGAUUUCCACGAGGGCGUUGCCGAAGAGGACGAGUCCGACGAGGAGUAAGCGAAGUGGGUAAAAUUGGGACGAGCAGUGUAGAUAAAAACCCCCGUGUAACCAAAACCCAAACCGCAUGCAUUAAUCCGGGCGUCGAAUCUCCUAUUUGUUUUGCAUCUUCUUUUUGGUCAUUAUUCCUACAUAGUAUACUACACUACAGACUAGUGCAUACAUAGCAUCAAUUCAGCGACAUAUCCGUA